AUGCAUUUGCGCCAAAAUGGUAUAGACACGGGUUACACACGUUGGAUAUUCCAUGGAGAGCCACCAAUUUUUCAAGAAUCAGUUAUAAAUGAUUUUCAUAUUGAGGAUGAUGAUUUAAGUGAGGAACACAUAGAUGGAGUCCAAGAGUUCUUAAAUGAUUAUGAAAAUUUUGUGGACUUCAACUCUCAUUCAAAUCCCAAUAUAAAAAGUAGUUGUGAAGUUGAUGGUUUUGAGAACAUGUUGAGGGAAGCAAAACAAGAAUUAUAUCCAGGUUGCACUAAAUUCUCAAAAUUGUCUUUAACGGUGAAGUUGCUUCAUUUGAAAGUGUAUAAUAAAUGGAGUAAUAAAUCGUUUGACAUGUUGCUUGAAUUACUAAGUGAAUGCUUACCUGAUGGAAAUACACUUCCACGUUCUCACUAUGAGUCUAAAGCUAUGCUUCGUAGUUUGGGAUUGGGAUAUAUAAAUAUUCAUGCAUGCAAAUAUGAUUGUGUGUUAUUUUGGAAGGAAUUAGAGAAGCAUGAGUUUUGUCCUAUUUGUGGUACUUCUAGAUGGAAAGUUAAGGAUGGUAAAGGAAAGAAUCUUCCUCAUAAAAUAUUGAGAUACUUUCCACUAAAACCUAGGCUUCAAAGAUUUUUUAUGUCAAAAAAAACAGCAAAAGAUAUGAGAUGGCAUAAAGAAAGACGAAUUGAUGAUGGUGAAUAUUUGCGUCAUCCGGCCGAUUCUAAGGCUUGGAAGGAUUUUGAUCAAGAGUUUCCAUGGUUUGCUAAUGAUGCACAAAAUGUUAGGCUUGGUUUAGCUUCGGAUGGAUUCAACCCAUUUGGUAAUAUGGAUAACUCUUAUAGCAUGUGGCCUGUUAUAUUAAUCCCUUAUAAUUUACCGCCAUGGAUGUGUAUGAAGGAUCCAUUCUUUAUGCUAACAUUACUUAUACCUGGCCCUAAAGCACCUGGAAGAGAUAUUGAUGUUUAUUUGCAACCUUUAAUUGAAGAUCUCAUAGAACUAUGGGAAAUAGGUGUGACAACAUAUGAUGCUUGUUCUUUAACAAAUUUUCAAUUACAUGCUUCUAUCCUGUGGACUAUAAAUGAUUUUCCAGCUUAUGGCAACUUGUCUGGAUGGUCUACUAAAGGAUACAUGGCUUGCCCAGUUUGCAAUGAUGACCCAUGUUCUGUUAGAUUAAGGAGUAAGUUGGGAUAUAUAGGCCAUCGUCGUUUCUUGCCCACUAAUCACACAUGGAGGCGAAGCAAGAAGUUUAAUGGGAAAGUGGAGAGUCGAAGUGCCCCUUUGGAGUUAUCAGGUGAGGAUGUGUUAAGGCAACUACAUGAAAUAAGUGACAGUCCAUUUGGUAAGCAUCCAAACAAAAGAAAAAGGAAACGAAAUCUUGAAGACCUUAACUGGUGUAAAAAAAGUAUAUUCUUCAAGCUGCCUUAUUGGGAAAAAUUGAAAUUAAGGCACAAUCUUGAUGUUAUGCAUAUUGAGAAAAACAUAUGUGAUAAUAUCAUUGGAACUUUGCUAAAUAUUGAUGGAAAAAAUAAGGACACUUUGAAAGCAAGACAAGAUUUAGAUGAUAUGAAUAGUAGGAAGGAAUUGCAUUUGGUUAAGAAAUCAAAUGGAUCAUAUGAAGUUCCACAUCCAUGUUAUAUGUUGACAAGAGAAGAGAGAUUGAAAUUUGCAGAAUUUUUGAAGUCUAUUAAGUUUCCAGAUGGUUAUGCUUCUAAUAUCUCUAGGUGUGUGAAUGCUGAUGGUAAACUUAUGGGUUUAAAAAGCCAUGACUGCCAUGUUUUAUUACAAAGAGUAUUACCUGUUGGAGUGCGUGGAAGCUUAGAAAAAGAAGUUACCACUGUGUUAUCUGAAUUAGGGGAUUUCUUUAGGAAGUUGUGUUGUAAGACCUUAAAGCUGGCAGAUUUAGAUGUCCUACGCAAUGAUAUUGUUAUCAUACUUUGUAAGUUAGAGAUGAUUUAUCCACCGGCUUUCUUCGAUGUCAUGGUACAUCUAGCAAUUCACCUUCCACAAGAAGCUGCCCUAGGUGGACCAGUACAAUUUAGAUGGAUGUUUAUGAUUGAAAGGUUCUUAGGCUCACUUAAACAUUAUGUGAGAAAUAAAGCUCAUCCAGAAGGAUCAAUUGCUGAGGGUUAUGUUGCAAAUGAAUGCUUGACUUUUCUUUCUCUAUACCUUAAUGGAGUAGAGACUCGUUUCAACAAACCAGAUAGAAAUAAUGAUAGACAAGAAACACAUGAUGGGUUGUCAAUAUUUUCACAUAAGGUUCUUCCGUUUGGUGCUUGGAAAUAUGAAAAAUUAACCAAGGAAGAACUUAAUAAGGUUGAAUGUGAACACAUUGGUUUACUUGAGAAGGGAAGUUUGACUAAUGUCAAUGACAGACAUAAGAGGGAGUUCCCAAAGUGGUUUAGGGAGAAGGUAUUCCAAUUACAUAAUGCACAUGCAACUAAAGCUAUGGAUGACUUAUACUCACUAGCUUGUGGACCUCAACUGUGUGUUCGAAAAUAUGCAUCUUGCAUAGUGAAUGGAGUUAGAUUUCAUACAAAAGAUCGUGAUAGUCGUCAUAAAACUCAAAAUUGUGGAAUUUCUGUGCAAGGAAAUCAUGGGAAUGAAUUGAUUGAUUUUUAUGGUGUGUUAAACGAUGUAAUUGAGUUGGAAUACAUUAAAGGAUACCGCAUUGUUCUUUUCAAAUGUGAUUGGUUUGAUAUUGGAAAAAGGUCAUGCAUUCAACAUGAUGGGAUAUAUACUAGCAUUAAAGUUUCAAGCUUUUGGUAUAAAAAUGAUCUAUAUGUUUUAGCUUCUCAAGCAAAGCAAGUCUUCUACCUAAAUGAUCCAAAGUUUGGAUUAAAUUGGCGAGUUGUUCAACAAUUUCAGCAUAGACAUAUUUAUGAUGAAAAUGAAGUUGAUAGUAUACCAGAUGAUAAAGAUGACACACUUGAUAAUAAUGAUGUUUAUCAAGACAAUGAGAUGGUAUCUAGUAAUGGCAUAACUGUUGGACUAUGUGAUGACAUUUCUACAUCCUUGCAUAGAGUAGAUGUAGAAUCACACAUUGUGGAAGCUAUUAUUGUGCCAUCCGAAAGAAUUGAAGCUGAAGAAGAUUUUGUAAUAUCAGAUGAUGAAGAUGAAUCUCCUAUUGAGUAUGAUAGUAAUGAGGAAGAAAUGAAUGAUGAUUCUGAUGAAAUUGAAGAUUCAUAA